AUGGACCCUGAAAUAAAGGAGUUAGUCACUAAUUAUAAGCCCGAUAUUGUAUGGGCUGAUGGUUCCUGGGUUGCCGAUGAUACCUAUUUUGACAGCACCAACUUUUUGGCCUGGCUGUAUAAUGACAGCCCUGUUAAGGACACCGUUGUAGUUAACGAUCGGUGGGGCAAGGACACUCCCGGAAAACAUGGCGGAUUUUACAACAUGGCCGACCGGACUAACCCGAAAAAACUAAUGGAACAUAAGUUUGAAAACGCUAUGUCUAUGGACAGGGGCUCGUGGGGGUUCAGGAGGGACGCCGAACUUUGGAACUAUUUGACCACAUGGGACCUCAUUGUAGAACUAGUACAGACUGUCAGUUGCGGUGGGAAUAUAUUGAUAAAUAUCGGUCCCACAGCCGAUGGCGUUAUUAACCUGUUAUUCAUUGAACGGUUGACACAAUUCGGUGAUUGGCUUAAAGUGAACGGUGAGGCCAUCUAUGGGUCGAAACCGUGGACCCAUCAAAACGAUACAAUCACUCCGGAUGUAUACCUCAAAGGCUCAUGUAUUAUUGUCAAUAUAACAUACGAUGCCAAAUGGGACUCACUAGAUAAACGCCCACUACCAGGGUGGUACGACGAGGCUAAAGUUGGCAUUUUCAUACAUUGGGGCGUAUUUUCCGUACCCGCGUUUGACAGCGAAUGGUUUUGUUACACCUGGGCGGCUACAAAGCAAAAAAAUGUCGUCGACUUUAUGACCAAAAAUUAUAAACCCGAUUUCACCUACCAAGAUUUUGGACCACAGUUUACCGCUGAAUUAUGGGACCCGGCUAAGUGGGUCGAGUUGUUCAAGGCGGCGGGUGCUAAGUAUGUGGUGAUGACUACCAAACACCACGAGGGCUUCACUAUGUGGCCCUCCAAACACUCGUGGGGCUGGAAUGCUGUCGAUGUGGGACCCAAACGUGACCUUGUU